CUCAAACCCUCCCUGUAUUUUCUGAAGUCUGUGACAAAGCAAGAUUUGUGAGGAGGCUGCUCCUGCUCUUGCAAAACAAUGGUGCUGCUUUCUGAGAGCUGCAAGGGAGACUGAGGGUCAAGUCCCUUUAAAAAAAAAAAAAGUGAAAUACAGUAUUGUGCAUCUUGAAAUCUGAAACCGAGAAACAGAAGUGCAAGGGAAACAAGGGGGAAAGUCUUGCAAUUCCUGAGGACAACUGUUGCAAGUGGAGUUUUAAGGAAUACAACCUACAUAUAUACAUUUAAAGGUCAUUGAAUGGCUUUUGUGGAGAAACCUGUGAAAUAAGGGAGCCUUGGAAGAAGAGAUUUCUUUUUUUUCCUCCUCUCUGGAUAUAAUGGCCAUUGCAAAGCAAAGCAUCUUGAGAUUUGGCUUCAAAUGUCUCUUCCUAGCAAUUUUUGCGCUCACCUGUGAUGGACACGGCGGGAAGAGGGAGAACGGGGGUCCUGCCUGCUACGGAGGGUUUGAUCUGUAUUUCAUUCUGGACAAGUCAGGAAGUGUCCUGCACCACUGGAAUGAGAUCUAUCACUUCGUGGAGCACUUGGCCCGCAAGUUCAUCAGCCCUCAGCUGAGGAUGUCCUUCAUUGUUUUUUCAACUAGAGGGACAAUUCUAAUGAGGUUAACUGAAGACAGGGAGCAGAUUCGCCAGGGCCUGGAGGAGCUGCAGAAGGUGCUGCCGGGUGGAGACACGUACAUGCACGAGGGAUUUGAAAGGGCAAGUGAACAGAUUUACUACGAAAAUGUUCACGGUUACAGAACCGCCAGUGUCAUCAUUGCUCUGACCGAUGGAGAGCUCCACGAGGACCUGUUUUUCUACUCUGAGAGGGAGGCGAAUCGGUCGCGUGACCUGGGAGCAACAGUGUAUUGUGUGGGUGUGAAGGACUUCAACGAGACCCAGCUGGCUCGGAUUGCCGACAGCAAAGAUCAUGUCUUCCCAGUGAACGAUGGGUUUGAAGCCCUUCAGGGGAUCAUAGACUCUAUUUUGAAGAAAUCCUGCAUAGAAAUCCUGGCAGCAGAGCCUUCCAGUAUUUGUGCAGGGGAGUCCUUCCAGGUGGUGGUGAGGGGGAAUGGAUUCCGACACGCCCGCAACGUCGACCGAGUGCUCUGCAGCUUCAGGAUCAACGACACCGUCACUCUCAAUGAGAAGCCCUUUGUGGUGGAGGACACCUACCUGCUGUGCCCAGCACCUGUGCUGCGCGAAGUUGGCAUGGAAGCAGCUCUUCAAGUCAGUAUGAACGAUGGGCUGAGCUUCAUCUCCAGCUCCGUCAUCAUCUCCAGCACACACUGUUCCGAUGGGACCAUCCUGGCCAUCGCCUUGUUGAUCCUCUUCCUCCUGCUGGCCUUGGCUCUGCUCUGGUGGUUCUGGCCUCUCUGCUGCACUGUGAUCAUCAAAGAGCCUCCCCCACCUCCGGCAGAAGACAGUGAGGAAGAAGAUGAUGAUGGCCUUCCAAAGAAGAAAUGGCCAACAGUAGAUGCCUCUUACUAUGGUGGACGAGGAGUUGGAGGCAUCAAACGGAUGGAGGUGCGCUGGGGAGAAAAGGGCUCCACGGAGGAAGGGGCCAAGCUGGAGAAGGCCAAGAACGCGCGGGUGAAGAUGCCGGAGCAGGAGUACGAGUUCCCCGAGCCCCGCAGCCUGGCCAGCAGCAUGCGCAGGCCCUCCUCCCCACGCAGGUGGUACUCGCCCAUCAAGGGGAAGCUGGACGCUCUCUGGGUCUUGCUGCGGAAAGGAUACGACCGCGUGUCCGUGAUGCGCCCUCAGCCAGGAGACAAGGGCCGCUGCAUCAACUUCACCAGAGUGAAGAACACCGAGGCCCCCCCCAAGUACCCCCUCAAAACUCGUACCCCCCGUCAGCUCCCCCUCUAG